GCUCCUAGUGCUAGGUUCCCUCCUUGCUGAAGACGCAAGGAGGAACCUGAUUCACGAGAUUGAUACACUAGCUGGGACAUAAUAACCUAUGCGUGAAGAUGGAUAUGCGAAAAAGGAUUCCGCUGAAUAUCGUUAUUACCUUGGGUGCUUUGUUCCUGAGCGUCGCCAGCACGGCGUCUGCCGCCAGCAGCUAUAAUUGCAACAGUCCUCUGGUGUCCAUGUUACCCAAAGCCUCCUUCCAGAGCUCUUCACAGUCCUCAAUCAGAAAUGCACCUUUCAACGGCAAGCUCAACAGAAGAGAAGGAGCCGGCGGUUGGUCUCCCUUGGUCACGGACAGCCAGCCGUGGUUCCAGCUGGACCUCAGGGACAGGAUGGAGGUGACGGCGGUGGCCACACAGGGGCGCUACGACAGCUCGGACUGGGUCAGCAGCUACAUGCUCCUCUACAGCGACACAGGCCGGGCCUGGAAACAGUACCGGCAGGAGGACGGCGUCGGGAGGCUGCCUGGGAACAUGAACUCUGAGGCCGUGGUGCAGAACAAGCUCUCCCAUUCCAUCAGAACACGUUUUCUGCGGCUGCUCCCUCUGGACUGGAACCCAAGUGGCUGGCUGGGCCUCAGAGUGGAGGUGUACGGCUGUGGCUACAAGUCGGACGUGGCGGACUUUGACGGCCGCAGCUCCCUGCUCUACCGGUUCAACCAGAAGUCCAUGUCCACGGUGAAGGACGUGGUCUCCCUGCGCUUCAAGAGCCGGCAGGCCGAGGGGGUGCUGCUGCACGGGGAGGGCCAGAGGGGAGACUACAUCACCCUGGAGCUCCACCGCGGCCGGCUGGCGCUCUACCUCAACCUGGACGAGAGGGACGACCCAAGGCUGAGAUCCAGCGGUGGGCGUAGCGUGGCGGUCUCUCUGGGCAGCCUUCUGGACGACCAGCACUGGCACUCGGUCCUCAUCGAGCGCUUCAACAAGCAGGUCAACCUCACGGUGGACUCCCACACACAGCACUUCCGCACCAAGGGAGAAGGGGACUCCCUGGAGGUGGACUAUGAGUUAAGUUUUGGGGGUAUCCCCCUUCCUGGCAAGCCUGGCACCUUCAUCAGGAAGAACUUCCACGGCUGCAUUGAGAACCUGUACUACAACGGGAUCAACAUCAUCGACCUGGCCAAGAGACGCAAGCCCCAGAUAUACAGCGUGGGAAACGUGACCUUCUCCUGCUCCCAGCCCCAGCUGGUGGCCACAACCUUCGUAAGCUCAAGCGCCAGCUUCCUGUCGCUCCCGGCAACGGCGGCGGCGGCGGGCAGUGAGGAGGCGGGCUUCUCGCUGCGCUUCCAGUUCCGGACGUGGAACGCCGACGGGCUGCUGCUCUCGGUCCGUCUGGCCCCCGAGCCCCAGAGAGUGGAACUGCAGAUCAGCGGAAGCCGGCUGCGUCUCACCCUCCACACCUCUGCCCAGCAGAAGUCCCAGGUCUCUACUGGUCACAGUGUGAACGACGGCCUCUGGCAUUCGGUGACCCUUGACACGCGGGACCAACAGAUCAGCCUGACUCUGGACGACGAGGCGGCGUCCGCCAUCGAACCGUGGCAACAACUGCAGGCACAAGGAGACUUCUACCUUGGAGGAUGUCCCUCUGAGGGUUGUGGGCACCCCACGCCAGCCGCCUUCCAGGGGUGCAUGCGACUCAUCCACAUCAACGGGGUGCUGAUGAACCUGCUGCGCGUCCAGCAGGGCUCCCUUGGGCGCUACCACGCACUGCAGUUUGACACGUGCGGCAUCAGAGACAGAUGUCUGCCCAACUAUUGCGAACACGGGGGCCAGUGCUCCCAGACCUGGAGCGCCUUCCGCUGUGACUGCUCGGGAACCGGACACACCGGGGCCACCUGCCACAACGCCCUCUACGAGCCAUCCUGCGAGGCCUACAAGCUGACAGGCAGCUCCUCGGGCUACUACUCCAUUGAUCCAGACGGCAGCGGACCCCUGGGGCCCGCGCGGGUCUACUGCAACAUGACGGAGGACAAGGUGUGGACGGUGCUGGACCACAGCAGCAGUGCUCCAGUGAGGGUGCAGGGCUCCUCCCCCCAGAAGCCCUACAUCAUGAGGUUCAACUACAGCGCCUCGCCGGAGCAGCUGCGCGCCAUAGUAACGGGCUCCGAGCAGUGUCAACAGGAAGUGGUGUACCGCUGCAGGAAGUCCCGGCUCUUCAACAUCAAAGACGGCACCCCGAUGUCCUGGUGGCUGGACCAGGCUGGGGAGAGGAGGACCUACUGGGGGGGCUUCCUGCCUGGGGUCCAGCAGUGCUCCUGUGGCCUGCAGGAGAACUGCCAGGACAUGAACUACUUCUGUAACUGCGACGCCGCCACCAACUCCUGGUCUAAUGACACGGGAGUGCUCUCCUACAAAGACCACCUGCCCGUGAGCCAGAUUGUGAUCGGAGACACCAACCGCACCGGCUCUGAGGCCGUGUACCGCGUCGGCGCCCUACGUUGCUAUGGCGACAAGUCGACGUGGAACGCCGCCUCGUUCUACCAGGAGUCCUCGUACCUCCACUUCCCCACCCUCCAGGCAGAGCUGGGCUCCGACAUCUCCUUCUACUUCAAGACCAGCGCCCCCUCGGGGGUCUUCCUGGAGAACCUGGGCCUCAAGGACUUCAUCCGAGUGGAGCUCAGCUCUCCGUCGGCGGUGGCCUUCUCCUUCGACGUGGGCAACGGGCCGGCGGUGCUGACGGUCAAGUCCCACGUGCCCCUGAACGACCGGCAGUGGCACUACGUGCGGGCGGAGCGCGGCGUGCAGGAGGCCUCGCUGCAGGUGGACCAGCUGCCACUGCGCUUCCUGGAGGCGCCGGCCGACGCACACGUCCGCCUGCAGCUCAACAGCCAGCUGUUUGUGGGGGGAACGGCCUCCAGGCAGAGGGGCUUCCUGGGCUGCAUCCGAACGCUCUCCAUCAACGGCGUCCACUUUAACCUGGAGGAGAGGGCCAGGAUGACGCCGGGCGUCAGCUCCGGCUGCCCCGGUUACUGCAGCGGCUCCAGCAGCCUGUGCCACAACAGGGGACGCUGCAUCGAGAAGAGCAGCGGCUACGUCUGCGACUGCUCCCAGUCCGCCUACGGGGGCCCGUCCUGCAGAGAAGAGGUGUCGGUGUCCUUUGACAGCGAGUCCUCGGUCACCUACACCUUCCAGGAGCCCUUCUCGGUCAUGCAGAACCGGAGCUCGCAGGCCUCCAGCGUGUCCAGGGAGAGCAGCCGAGCCAGGGAGAACGUGGCCUUCAGCUUCCUCACCUCCCAGCGGCCCGCCAUGCUGCUGAGCGUCAGCACCUUCAGCCAGCAGUACAUCGCCGUCAUCCUGGCCACCAACGGGAGCCUGCAGAUCUGGUACCACCUCCUAGCCGACCAGGACCCAGAUGUGUUCGUUCCCAUUCGCCAGAAUUUAGCCGAUGGGCGCCUUCAUAAAAUAAGGAUUCACAGAGAGGCCAAGGACGUCUACGUCCAGAUCGACCAGGACAUCCACAGAAAGUACACCCUGUCAUCUGAUGCACAGUUGAUCUUAAUCAGAUCCUUGACAUUGGGCAAAGUCACCGGCAGGGACCCGGUGCACCGGGAGGUGCGUGAGGCGGGACUGAGGGGCUUCGUGGGCUGCCUUUCCUCGGUGCAGUUCAACCACCUGGCCCCCCUGAAGGUGGCGCUGCUGCACCGGGGCAGCUCGCUGCUCAGCAUCCGCGGAGCCCUGGAGGAGUCCAACUGCGUGGCGCUGGCCGAGUCCGCCACCUCGCACUCUCUGCUGGAUCAAGCUGCCGAGGAGAAGGAAGAUAAGGAGCAACACAGCGACACCGCCGCCACCCCCGAUGACUCCGCUGUAAUAGGAGGUGUGGUGACGGCGGCGGUCUUCGUGGCGCUGUGCGCGCUGGCGGUGCUCAGCCGCUUCCUGUACCAGCAGCGGGCGGAGCGGAGGAGCCUCCAGGAGAAGGAGAACCGCCAGGCCCUGGAGACGGCCUACCGCACCGAGCUGCACCUCCACGGCGCCGGCGUCAGGGACAACAUGAAGGAGUACUACAUAUGA